AUGGAAUACAUGAACAUGCGUAGGAAUACGCCGGACUAUGCAACGCACAGCUAUAUCGCAAAUCUAUUUACCGUCACUUGUAAAAAAAUGAGUAACAUCAUGAAUAGCAGUGCCACUUGCCUGCACAAUUUUUUAAUCCAACUGAAGAACUUUCCUUCCAGACAAUCAUUGCGCUCUUACCUCGUAAUAUAUAACCUCCUCCUCAUUGUAUUUCUAUUAUUUUUGCUAAUGAAAUAUAGGAAUAAAUGUAUACGCACCGAAAGGCAAGACCCCUCCCAACGGUUUGCUCGCAAGCAGGUGGAUGCCCCCCUCGAGGAGGGAAGUAGCAAAGAGGAGGGACAAAGCCAAAGCAGGGGUGGAAGUAAAAGACGGGGUAGAAGUCAAAGAAGGGGUGGAAACCAAAGCAGGAGUGGGAGCAAACAGAAGGCACAAAUCACAAAUAACGGUCGCGCAACAAGCAAGGGAAGAACCACCAGCAAAACACGAAACACUGGUAAAGGGCGAAACGCACGCAAAGGGAAAAAAGCUCCAAAGGACAACCAGAAUAGAAACAGCGACUUGGAACAAGAGCAAAAUGUGGCAAGCAUAUUAAACAGCUUAAGAUCCAGGGCGAGAAAUCAAAAGGAUAAUAUCCAACGGGAAAACUCCCCUAUAAAUACAAAACGAACUAGAAGAACAGGAUUAGAAAUGACACAAAUGAAUAAAAUGGUCACAUCAAAUUCGUUAGACAACGUGUCUCUGCCUUAUGUUGAUAUAUCCAAUUCUCACAUGAAUUUAAGAGAAAAGGAAAAAAAAAGAAAAGGCUUAUUGAAAGAAAAAAAAAAAAAUUAG